GGCGGUGUCUCGCGCUCUCAACGAGCCGCGUCGCGCCAUUCUAGGCUGCUAGGCAAGCGCGGCGCCGAGCAUGGCGAGCUAGACGGGAGCCGCUCCGAGCGGGGCGGACGAGAGUCUUCAGCGGAAGAUGUCGCUGCGGAGAUGCGAACUGUGUAAUACAGAAAUAGCAAAAUACAGAUGCCCUCGAUGUAUGAAAUAUUCAUGCAGUUUGGCUUGUGUAAAAAAACAUAAAGCUUUAUACAGCUGUAAUGGAAUCAGAGAAAAGGCGGCCUUUGUUUCAGUGAAUGAGUUCAGCAAUUUAACUCUUCUAAGUGACUAUCGGUUUCUAGAAGACGGGGGAAGAAUGACUGACCGGGCUGCUCGAGAUGCUCUUUCUCAUAAACCCAAAAGUAAUCGAUUUGUAAACUUUCUGAGAAACCGAGCUCGGAGAUGCAAGAUCUGCUUACAAACUUUACCAAUUGGCUUCACAAAGAGACGAGAGAAUUCUACAUUUUACAGCAAUAAGGAGCAAAAGUUCUAUUGGCACUUGAAGCUUAUAUUUCCUCAGAGUCAUGCUAAAUUCACAGAACAAAGGGUACCAGAUGAUAAACCAUUGUGUGAUAUUUUGAAGACAUAUAUUGAUCCUCAAGAAUCUGAUCCUGUCAAGCAGCAAAGAUUAAAAAUCUACACAAUAUCUCCCCAGUCAGACAUACAAAUUUUGAUGAAAGUAGAAAAUAGGCCAAAUAAUUCUGUCAGGUAUCAAGAAUUGGAUGCCAAUAAAAGCCUUCUAGACAAUUUGAAAGGGAAGAUUGUCAUUGAAUAUCCAACUCUGCAUGUGGUAUUGCGGAAAUUCACAACAGAUAUGGUGAUUCUUGGCCAGAAUGUAAACAAAGAAAUCAAUACAUCUAACGAAGACAUGAUUAAGGAAGAUUCUUCUGAGGAAGAAGGGGAAAUCCAUGAUAGCUCCUGAAGAUAUCAGUGGAAUAUAAAUUGGAAUAUUUUAUGUUACAUGUAUCAUUUUGAGGAAAUAUUCAGCAAAUAUAUUUGUCUUGAAUGUUGUUUUUUACAUUUAAAAAAUUCAAAAUCUAUAAUCACUGAAAAACAGUACAGACUGAACAAAUAAAUUCAAUAAAGAUUAAAGGAUCAACUGUACAAUAGAA